UGUGGCCCACAGUGAGCCUCAUGUUUGCAAGACUUGUUCUCAAAGUUUUUUCCUUUGCAUAACCAGUUGAUACGCUUUCUCUCAUAAGUUUUACUUGUGUAGUGUUAAGAGUGUCACAUAACCGAGUAAAUCAACCUCAACGUGGAGUCAUGGAUUAGAAAAUCCAGUUACCCAAACCUACAGAGUCAGAAGUGAGAGCUAGAGAUGUCCUGUGUGAAAACAGGAAGGAAUCACUAACAAGUCAACUCCCCAAGGACGGCACCAUCACUUCCUGAUUCCUAAUUCCCUAUUCUUAUCCACGGGUGACUACUAAGGAGAAACAAGUUAACAACUAGAGUUUAACAAAAGACGAAAGAGAGCUGGUGCAUUCAGUGGCUGGACAUCAAGCAAGAGAAAACACUGUUUAGGGAAGAGCAGAGAAAAGCAGCUGAACCUCGCACAUGAGAAGACACUCUGCAACAGCGAGUUAACCAGCGAUAUGGUCAGGGGAUCAACCGUCAGUGGCUUGGGAAAUCCACACCUAACCACCAGUUGAGGAUGUUAAAAUGCCAGUCCACAGGCUCACUCCCCUCCUGCUAUGCUUGUUACCCAUGUGGAGAAUACUGACGCCAGUCUCAAGUCAUCCACAACACAGCCGAUGCCAGCUGAUACAAAGAACGGCUCUCUGCAACAAUGGCAAGCUCUCCUUCGUGCCUACAGAACUGCCAGACAACAUAGAGGAGCUUCAGCUCAACUACAAUCACAUUCAUACACUACAUUCAAUUCUCCUUUAUCCCUCAAUAAAAACCCUGAGUUUAGCUUGUAAUAGUUUGGAGAAAUUAGAAUCAAAUACUUUUCAAUACUUUUCAAAAUUCUUAGACAGCCUCAAUUUAGCAAAUAACAAUCUUCAUAUUGGGUAUCAAGAAAGCAGCCAGGCAUUAAAGACUCUGCCCAGGAUCAGAGCUCUGGAUCUCUCUGAGAAUAAGCUUGAUGAUGAAAUGGCGGCCACUCUUCUCCAAAAUCUGACAUCCCUUGAGUAUCUCAAUCUUUCUGGAAACCUCCUACAGAGACUGGAUGAGACUUCGUUCAGGGAUCUUCACAAACUGAAAGAACUAGACCUGCAGAGAAACAUCAUGUUCGAGAUUGAUGGCGCCUUCGACAGCAAUCCCAAGCUCCAGCGGCUCAACUUGGCCUUCAAUUAUCUGCCUUGCCUGAUUGACUUCCACAUGACCCAGCUGGUGGUCCUCAACGCCAGCCACAACUUCAUCGAGUGGUUCAUCUCCACACAAGACCUUAACGACACUUUCCAGCUGGAGACACUUGACCUAUCAGAUAACAAACUGCUCUUCUUUCCUUUCUUGCCCAACCAGAGCCACUUGCGGAAUCUUUACCUAUCUCACAACAGCAUUAGGUUUUAUGAACACUUGACAGACAACACCACAUUCCUGAACUUGACUACAACGGUGGAGUUCUACAAUCUGAAGACAUACAUGAGCAACGUGACGGCUAAGCUGUGGGACGAGAGCCUUCAUGGUGACAUCUCCUCUCUAGAGAUUUUGGAUCUAAGAGGAAACCAGGUGGAGUAUUUCCCACGAGGAUUUAUUCACAAAAUGCCUGCCCUGUCCAGACUUCGAAUGUGCACAAACUGUCUAGAAACCUUAAAUCUAACGUCAGAACAGUUCUCUGGUAGCUUGUACGAGUUGGACUUCAGCAACAACAGGCUGAACCAGAUUGUAGCAGAUGAAAAUACGCUGACUACUUUUGACAAUUUGACGUACCUUAACCUGAGCCUGAAUGAUCUUGAGUGGUUACCCUCAGGAUUAUUUUCCUCUUUGCCAAGCCUGAGGUCAGUGGAUCUCAGUUAUAACAACAUUGACAUUUGCCCUCCUGAUAAAGCUGAGACCAGUACAAACAAUAUCUCACUUUGUGUGGAUUGGAAAAAUGUUAUAUCCCUAAGGCAGCUUUACCUUAAGGGAUGCAACCUUGAAAGAAUUCCGUCAUCUGCGUUCGCUGGGCUGCCUCUAACACACUUGGAACUGUCCGACAACCCAGGACUCAUUGCCCAAGAAUCAAUACAAAGUCUUAGCAGAACGUUACAGCAUCUAGGUUUAGGAAACACUCACAUACAAGACUUCGACUUCUCCCAUUUCCAAAGUCUAAAGUCUUUAAACAUUUCAAGGAAUUCUCUCGACCAUCUUCCCCCUUCACUUCUGAACCUUCACCUAAAAGUGCUCGAUGUGAGGGACAAUAGACUGUCAAAUAUUCCCUCAGGUCAUGCUAAAACAUUAGCCCCGAAACUGCACACUGUUUUCCUCACAGGAAAUCCGUUCAACUGCUGCCAAACAGAAUGGUUCAGGACAUUUGAAACAACAAAGACAAUCAAUAUGGUCGGACAAUCGGAUAUUGAAUGUAAGGAUCUCUUCCAAACGACACACAGGGUGGAGCACUUCCAGUCAUUUUUGUGUUUGGAGGAAAGUGCGGAAUCUGUAUUCUGGUACAUUCUGCUUAUUGUACCUUUUUCUUUUCUGGGCAUUUCAGUUAUUGUUCUGCUCACCUUCAAGCCCAAAAUACUAAAAAAAUCAAUCAAAAAGAAGUAUUUGAAGCCUACAUCUUACUGAUACUUUAUAACCCUAAAAAUGUACAGUGCUAAAUAUAUAUUGGAAAUAAAUUCAAUGUGUUUUACAAUAAUAAAAGGAAGAAUUCUAUGAUUAUUUAAACAGCAGAGGGUAUUAAAAUUUUCACAUUGCUGUGCUGUUGAAGUGCGGUUCAAAACCAGACCCUAAUCCUGAUACCCUGAUGUAAAACUGUGGCUGCGUUCUUGUGGGCCAGAGUAUGUGUGUAUGUGUGGGUGUAUGUGUGUGUGUGUUUGAACAUAUGCAGAAGUAGUGUGAUGCAAGCUGUUGCUAUAAGCAGCAGAGGAAACAUGAAAUUUCCUGUUUUGCUAAGAUGUGCAGCAACUGCCCAGUUCUGUAUCUCAAAGAGGAGGGGUUUGAGAUUUCCUUCCCAACUGUGGCACCCAGAUGCAACAUUAACAUGAACUUCCAGUGUGUCAGUAGUCAUGAGGAGUUGGUUUGGACCCAUAUAUUGAUACUAUAUCUAUUCUGAUGCACUUGGAGGCAAUGCAGUGACAUGCCAUUAAUACAAUGUGUUCAGACAUCAUAAACAUUACAUUAUCAAACAAGGGACAUUAUAAGCAUUGUAUAGCACAGAGGGGAAUGAAUGCAUUUCUCUAUCUUUCUGUGUAUGUUAGCAGUUGCUCACAAGUGAGAAUGCUGGUAGAUCAGUGUGUAGCUGUGAAGAGUAUUGGAGGCCUAACCAGAAAGUAACCAAAAUACCGCUGUGGUGAUACUCAAGGUCAUGGUGGUUGGAACAUAAAAACAGAAACCGAAGUGAUGCCUUGUCAAAGCCUCUAAACACCAUCGUUUUUACAUAUCUUUUACACCAUGAAGUCGGCAGUCAGAGUCAAAUGCUUUUGUUGCUUGAAUUGCAGGUGGGAUUGGUUCUAAGCAUGCAAAUGGGGUCAAAAAAGUGAAAUAAAGAAAUGCAGUCAGGGCAGCCGUUGACCAGAGAUACAGAAAUAGGCUUGUCACUUAAGGUUUCUGAUUCGAAUAUCUUUAACCACACUUAAGUUAUUAAUAAGUAGAGUGAUCAAUGACUCAUCUUGCCAUUGAAAACCAGCUAAGGUCUACUUUGAGGUAAACAUACCAGCAGAUAUUAUGUUUUGAUGUGCAAAUGUAGGUUUUCAGUUUCUAUCAGAUAAUAUCGAGUGACAUAAAUACAUAAAAUAAAGAUGGGUAGCUUGAUGGAAGGAAGAAGUGGACGAAACAGAAGAAAUCAUCAUUUGAGGAAGGAAAAUUCCAAUCAGCUGUAAUUGGUGAGAAGUUAAAAGACAACUGUAUGAAGUUGGUUAGCGGCACAGUUACGAGGGUUUGGCUGCAAUGUUGUGUGAAUGCCCUCUAAGUUAACAUGGUGUGUAUAUAUGUACUAGAUCUGAUUGCACAAGCCAUAUUUAAUGGUGGUUAGGUAUACAAGUGACCACAUAUGAACUAUAGCCGUCAAGUUUGUAGUGUACAUAUAGCACAAGAAACUUGCAAAACACUCAUCAAUGCAGCUGAUUUGUGUUCGCAAAGCAGCCAACCUGUGGUUAUGGGGCCCGUCCUUGAGUUACCCAAUAUUCACCACAAUACUCUACAAGCACUGUGGUUGAAUGAAGCAGUGUUUUUUUUCUCUCUUUCAAGUAGUGGUCACAGUUUCUCACAGAUAAAUGCAAAUGAGAGUGGAGAAGUGAAGUUUGACCGGAAGUGGUCAAAUGAGAUUAAUGUAUUCAAUGUAUUCAUAUUAAAAAUGUAUUCUGAUAGCA